AUGGACCUAAAGUCCAUGGGCGCGAAGGAGCAUGUCACGAUAUCGCCGAAAAAACCACCCCUUUCAGUAUUCACAAUUAUCGCGGAAUGCCAAACAUCUAAAGCGCGAACUUCGGUAAUCAAUUUGCCUCAUCAUCUCGUGGACGCACCAGUAUUUAUGCCGGUUGGGACGCAGGGUACUCUCAAGGGUCUACUGCCUGAGCAGUUGAAGAAACUAGGCUGCCAAAUAAUGUUAAGCAAUACAUAUCAUCUUGGAACAAGACCAGGACCAGAAAUCAUGAAGAAAGCAGGUGGUCUGCACAAAUUUAUGAAUUGGAAUAGAGCGCUGCUUACCGAUUCAGGUGGAUUUCAAAUGGUAUCUCUACUUCAACUUGCUGAAAUUACUGAACGGGGUGUUAAAUUCCAAUCUCCAUAUGAUGGAUCUGAAUGUAUGUUAACUCCUGAACAUUCCAUUGAAAUACAAAACGCUAUUGGAGCAGAUAUAAUGAUGCAGCUUGAUGACGUUGUUCAAACUACAACUACUGGUCCUCGAGUUGAAGAGGCAAUGCAUAGAACUGCUAGAUGGCUAGACAGAUGUCUCACCGCUCACCAAAGACCAGAUGAGCAAAACAUUUUUCCAAUAGUUCAGGGUGGACUGAGUCCAGAAUUGAGAACUGAGUGUGCUAGACAAUUGAUGUCUAAGAAAGUCAAUGGAUUUGCUAUUGGUGGUUUGAGUGGUGGGGAAAGCAAAGACGAAUUUUGGAAAAUGGUACAUUUGUCGACAAACAUUUUGCCCAAAGACAAACCCAGGUAUUUGAUGGGUGUUGGAUUCGCGACUGACUUGGUCAUCUGCUGCGCUUUGGGAGUUGAUAUGUUCGACUGCGUUUUUCCUAGCAGAACCGCGAGAUUCGGUUGUGCUUUGAUCAGAACAGGCCAAUUGAAUCUGCGGCAGCAGCAGUACAAACAUGAUUUUAGACCAAUAGAUGAGUUUUGUAGUUGUUCGACAUGCAAAAACUACACCCGAGCAUAUUUACAUCAAAUUGUAACACAAGAAACUGUGGCUUGUCAUUUACUGACUGUACAUAAUAUCAACUUUCAGUUGACCUUGAUGCGGGACAUCAGGACAAGUAUUAUAGAGCAAAGAUUCCCACAGUUUGUUCAGAAAUUUAUACUCGACCUUUACCCGGAUAAAGAAUACCCGGAGUGGAUAGUUGACGCACUCGAUGCCGUGAACAUUAAUUUAUUAUGAGGUUUGUAUGACUUAACAAAUUUAGGAAAUUAAAUCAAUGAAUAACCGAAAA